AUGUUGCAGCUUAUUGACGAAACGAUGAAAUCAGUUAUGGAAGCCGCCUGCUCAUUUGAAUCGGAUAGAGUGACAGUGAUAGACAACUCAGGACAAGUACAUACUGUAGAGCGAGAGGGCUUUGAGUCGGAUGAGACAGAAGAGGAAAGCGAAAGCGAUUACUCUGACAGUGGUUUAGUUCUAGAAGUUGGCGACAUGGCCCGUGCACAUUGGAUUCAGCUGCAUAAACUUAACAAACAGGCGCUUGUUGUACAAAACACAUUUGUUUACAUACUAGAGAAGUACAAACAUAUUCGACCGGUUUGGCAAUUUGGAAUGAAAAUCAACGACACCACGCCGGAUUGGAAGCUCCUCAUAUAUGAUGACUUCUACUUCAAACACCAUUGCGCCUCUGUACAAUCGGCGAUAACGAUGAUCAUGGAAAAUAUGGACGAUCGCGAAUCAUUACAAAAGCUAUUACAUGAAAUGGGAGCACAUCAUUUCUUCUACGAAGCGUGUGAACCGCAUUUAGAUAUAUUUAUCGAAGCAUUGAUGACAACGAUGAAAAAUCAUCUUGUAGGUCCUAGCAAAAUGGAUGAAGAUACGGAACAAUCAUGGAGAUUGCUACUCAACGACGUGAAAAAAUUCAUGUGUGAAGGAAUAUCAUAUCAAAGGAAUAUCUAUUUGAAACAAUGCACAACACCAUUCGAGAUUGCUGAAAUACGGAAAAAGUGGGAGAAAAUUGUAGAAUAUGGAUUGGCCGAGGCUGGAGUGAUAUUCUGUGACAAAGCACUACGGAGUUAUUCCAAACUCAUCGAUGCACACAAUAUACCAUUGGUAUUGCCAAUACAGAAAACUAGUUUGGUCUAUGAUCAAUUUGCUGAACAGACAAUGAAAGCGUUUGACACAACAAUCAAGUCUUAUUUGGAAACAACGGGUUUUUGGGAACUUCCGGCAAAAGUCAAAGAUUUUGUCGUAAAAUGUAUGGUAUUGGAAAUAUGUCCAACAUUUGCAAGACGAGCGAUGACAGAAGGAAUGUUUGCCAUGCUCUCGCAUAUACUAGGAGAUGAGGAAAUGAAUGAAAGCUCCAUGAGAACAUGGAGCAAGGUCUAUCGGGCGCUAGAGCAGGUAGGUCUUGACUAG